UGGUGCGGAAGCGCAGGGCCUGGGCGUCUCGGUUGUGACAAAAGUCGGGAGCCUGCGGGAUGCUCCCGGUCGGGUGAGGGUGGCCUGUUUGCACUGACACGCUUUCCGCCGCAGGUGGCCGGCAUGCAGACGGCUGCUCUCUGACCGGCCGCCCCUCCCUGGACAUGGCCCACCGGGGCGUGGAGAGGGACUUCCAGUCUUCGGCGCGGCGCAUGGGCACCUCCCUGCUCUUCCAGCUUUCGGUGCACGAACGGGAGCUGGACCUGGUCUUUCUGGAUCAUAGCUAUGCCAAGCCAUGGAGUGCCCACCCAGAUGCCAGUAGUGCCCGGCCCACGCGCAUGCUCUUUGUUACUCCCCGGAGGCAGCAUGAAAGUACCAUCGAGUCAGACGUCCCAAUAGAUGUGGAGACAGUCACAUCCACCCCCAUGCCACUCUACGACAAUCAGAAGGCACGCAGCGUGAUGAAUGAGUGUGAACGGCAUGUCAUCUUCGCCAGGACUGAUGCAGACGCCCCUCCCCCACCAGAGGACUGGGAGGAGCAUGUCAACAGUACUUUCUGGUCUGCCCUGGAGGACUCCUCCUUCAACAAGAUCCUCAAAGCGCUGCAGUCUGACCGGCUUGCCCGCUUGGCCAACGAAGGGGCUUGCAAUGAGCCAGUGCUACGUCGAGUUGCGGUGGACAAGUGUGCAAGGAGAGUGCGGCAGGCUCUGGCAAGUGUAAGCUGGGACACCAAGCUGAUCCAGUGGCUGCAUACCACCCUGGUGGAGACUUUGAGUCUGCCCAUGCUGGCGGCCUACCUGGAUGCCUUGCAGACGCUAAAAGGGAAGAUCCCUACCUUGAUUGACCGGAUGCUUGUAUCGUCCAACACGAAGACUGGGGCUGCAGGAGCUGAGGCCUUGUCCCUCCUACUGAAGAGGCCCUGGGACCCUGCUGUGGGGGUACUUUCUCAUAACAAACCAAGCAAGCUCCCUGGCUCUCCACUCAUUCUCAUUGCCUCCUCCGGGCCUUCCAGUUCUGCAUUUCCCACCUCACGCCGCCACCGCUUCUGGCAGUCUCAGCUCUCCUGCUUAGGCAAGGUCAUCCCUGUAGCCACCCAUCUGCUGAACAAUGGAAGUGGGGUAGGAGUUCUGCAGUGUCUUGAGCAUAUGAUUGGGGCAGUGAGAAGCAAAGUGCUGGAGAUUCACAGCCAUUUUCCCCACAAACCCAUCAUCUUGAUUGGCUGGAAUACAGGAGCUCUGGUGGCCUGUCAUGUGGCGGUCAUGGAGUACGUCACUGCUGUUGUCUGCCUUGGAUUCCCUCUGCUUACCGUGGAUGGCCCCAGAGGGGAUGUGGAUGAUCCCCUCUUGGAUAUGAAGACUCCAGUCCUCUUUGUCAUUGGUCAGAAUUCCCUGCAGUGUCACCCUGAAGCCAUGGAGGACUUCCGGGAGAAGAUUCGGGCCGAGAACAGUUUGGUGGUGGUUGGGGGAGCUGACGAUAACCUCAGGAUAAGUAAAGCAAAGAAGAAAUCAGAAGGGUUGACACAGAGCAUGGUGGACAGGUGUAUCCAGGAUGAGAUUGUGGACUUUCUGACUGGCGUGCUCACUCGCUCCGAGGGGCACGGGGGCGCCGAGCCUCGGGACCAGGAUGCUGAGAGGAAGAAGAAGCCCCGGGACGUGGCCCGCAGAGACCUGGCCUUUGAGGUCCCUGAGAGGGGCAGUCGGCCCGCCUCCCCCGCUGCCAGGCUUCCAGCCUCCCCUUCAGGCUCCGAGGAUCUCUCCAGUGUGUCCAGCAGCCCCACCUCCAGCCCUAAGACCAAAGUGACCACAGUGGCCUCUGCCCAGAAGUCCAGUCAGAUUGGGAGCUCUCAGCUGCUGAAGAGACAUGUGCAGCGGACAGAAGCUGUGCUGACCCACAAACAAGCCCAAGUUCCCAUCUCAUCGGAUCAAGCGGAGGAAGCAGAGAAAGAGGACCUUAGGGUCCAGCUGAAGCGGCACCACCCCUCCAGUCCUCUGUCUGGCAGUAAGGCCUCCAAGCGACCCAAGAUCAAGGUGUCCCUCAUCUCCCAAGGGGACCCAGCCGGAGGGCCUUGUACCCCUUCCCCAGGAGGAGCCCCAGAAGCUGGGGGAGGAAAGCCCAUCAUGAUGACACUGGGGCAGGCGGCAGCAGGUGCCAAGGAGCUCACGGGGCUUCUCACCACAACCAGGCCCAGUGUUUCUGAAGCGGGUGUGUCAGCCAGCCCAGCCUCCUCCGUGGUCUCCAGCAGCACUGCACCCAGUCCCUUGCACACACUCCAGAGCCGCCUGGUGGCCACCUCCCCUAGCAGCUCCCUCUCAGGGGCCACAUCUGCCAGCAGCCUCCUCCAAGGCCUCAGCUUCAGCUUACAGGAUAUCAGCAGCAAGACCUCGGGCCUCCCAGCAAGCCCCUCCCCAGGACCAUCCCCACAGGCCACCAGUGUGAAGUUGCCCACCCCCAUACAGAGCCUGGGUGCCAUCACCACAGGCACCAGCACCAUUGUCCGUACCAUUCCUGUUGCCACCACUCUCUCAUCCUUGGGUGCCACUCCUGGUGGAAAGCCUACAGCCAUCCACCAGCUGCUGACCAACGGGGGCCUCGCCAAGUUGGCAAGCAGCCUCCCUGGCCUGGCUCAGAUCUCCAACCAAGCAUCAGGCUUGAAGGUCCCCACCACCAUUACUCUGACCCUACGAGGGCAACCAAGCCGAAUCACCACACUGAGCCCCAUGGGCCCAGGAGCAGCCCCAUCCGAGGAGCCCACCUCCCAGGUGCUGCCCUCCAACUCACAGCGCCUGCCUCCAGCUCCCUGAAGACGCACGUGAAGGCCCUCCUUUGCCAAGAUGAGAUGGCUGCUGCAGUGAACCCUGGGCACAUGUGCUGUCCCGCUGAGCUGUCCACUUGUCUGAAGAUCCUUUAAGACACUCACUUUUGCCUCUGCCAGCUGUCUUUGGGGUUGGGCCUGUGGGUCCUGUGAAACUGUUAGGCUAAGUGACGUGGUGCCAGCAAGGGGAGCAUCGUCCUCCAGCAUCUCCAGGUCUGGUUCCCAGAACCCUGGCUCCUCAGCAGGCCGGGACAUUGGAGGGUCACAGUAGCUGUGACUUGCCCCGGGCAGCAGUUCAUGGAAGUUGGUGCUACCCGUGCCAAGUUGGGAGGAGACAUCUUUGUGGCCUAGGGCUGUAGGGGUUCAGAUUGCGAACCCUUUGCUGAGGGCCGGGUCACCCUGGCCCUCCACCUGGCUGGUCGAUAUUAAAGGGACUUGUUUUGGACGUUCUGCUGCCUUCACUGGGUAGCAUGGGAGAGUGCUCCCCAUGCCGCCUCCUCGUAGGAAUCUGCUGUGACUGAGAAUACCUAACAGAUCCAUGAGCGGGCAGAGCACACUGGGCUGUCCUCUCUCAGCCCCUUUGGCCACGUCCAUGUGGAGAGCAGCAGUUGCUAAGAGAUGGAAACAGGCCCCUUUUUUAUCAUGGGUUGGGCACUUCCUGUAUGCAGAAAGCCUGCGGGUCCAGAAAGGUCGAAGACAACCAAUGAACAGCAAAUGAAGUAGCUUCAAGGAUGAGUCAGUAAGUCCUGCUGCUGAAACGAUUCAGGCUUGAGGCUUCGCCUCUAGGUCCUAAGGAGCUGCAGAGUCACCUGGAGAUGAGAAGAAUUUGCAAGGUCAGGGAGAAGAAAGCCCCACCCCCCAAAUCUCUCCGCAGUGCUUGGAGGUGAAACAGCGAUAACGAGCUAAGUUAACGCCUGGGCCUUCCCAGGAAGCCUCGGCGUUAAGACUACGAAGGCUGUGCUUCAGUGUUUCUGUUUCUCUCCCAUGCAUUUGCCUUCUUGCUCAGAGUGGGAGUAUCACUGGCACUGACGCUCCUGUGCGGCACCCUUGCUCUUGGUGCCAGCCUGAGCCCGGGAGGAGCAAGUUCCUGGACAAGUAAUCGCUGAAGAUGGAGCUUGGAGUCCCUCCUCUCCUCACAGUACUUUUGUACAAAGGUAGUUUUAGAUUUGGCUUAGAACCCGUUGUCCACAGCAGCCUCCCUUCCCUUCUGUACUCUAGAAUCUUCCAGCUAUGGUGAUGAGUCAGGCACCCAGUAGGACUCUAUUCAGUAGGGAGAGCCUGCAGCGUGCUAUGGCCGGAACUGUGGUCCAGGGUCCUGACCCAAACCAGACAACCUGCAUUCAAUUCAGCAGUCACCCUUCCAGUCUGAGUGGCAGCCAGGAGGGGUGCACAGCGUGCAGGAGUCAGGGUAGACAGCUGGGCAUGUGUAUGAUAGGAGUGGAGAGGGCAUCUUAAACAUCGUGCCCUCCCUCCCUCCCUGACUCCUGCCGCGCUGGUCUCUGGUGACUCAUAGAAUGGCGCAGUAUUCUUGCAUCAAUUGGUAGGUAACUGCUUUCUGAAAUUCAGGAGGCAUUUAGUAAGUUUGAAGAAGAUAUGAAAUCUGAAAGAGGCAUCCAUAGGUCAGGGGAUUGAUAAGUUUACAGGUCGAAUAAUAACGUACCACCAGGACCUGAAAAUAGUGGGACUGUGUGAAUAUGUGAAGCUUUUAGGAAUCAUUGGGGACAGGCAGAGGGUCCUGAACAGCUAUUUGUGCCCUAGGAGUGCCGCCUGGACAGCGCAGGCAGGGCUGCUCCUGAGAGAUGCUGGCUUGGUGUGUGCUCGGGCCAGAGCAACAACUAACGCACCUUCCCGCUGUCACGCCAGUCCGAGUGCUUCCCACGGUGACUUCCUGAGGCUUGGGUUGCACACCCCGAAGAAUGCCAGACUGGAGGAGGGGGUUAUAAGGACAUGAUUCUUCACCUCAGAGGAAAGGCUAACGGGAGACGUCGUUGAAGUCCAUUGAGUCAGGUUCCCCGUGUCUUCUGCAGCCACACCGCUUGAAAUGAAAAGGAAGCUUUCUUCUACCCAUCACCCAGCAGACCUGGUCUGUAGCCUCAGAUGGGACACUGCUGGCCGAAACGUGGAAGGAUCAAAAAGGCUUUGGGUAAAUUCUUGGAUGACAGGUGUAUGUUGAUGCCCUGUGGGAGAAGAUGGAGGAAGACCUUCUGUCUGUUCUUGGGCCCCCCCCACCCCCCACAAUAACAAUCUUGGGCUGGAUGGUUCCAGACUGAGCCCCUGUGACGGUUCUGUUCACAUUAGUAAGAACAAUUACAGAAAUAAAAACAACUUUGCAUCACU